UUUUGUGUAUUUUUCUUGUCCGUUUAUUUCUCUGCAGUUUUGUUUUAAUUUCCAUAACCACCAUAAAUUUUUAUCUACGUAUGUGCAUCGCAAUGUUAGUUAUAACUUAACAACUUACAAGAUCUUCUUGUAAGCUCUUUCCCAAAAGAAGGCAAGAUGUCACCAUUUUAGAGCACACCGCUUCUUCAAUUUAUCAGGAACCUCGGAGAUAACCGAAGGUUAGACACAACCCAGAUGCUUCAUCUUAGGAGUGUGCAGGCCAAGGUACCCUGUAUUUUCAAAACUAUAGUGAUUGAAGAGCAAUCUAAAAAGCGUUCCUACCAGCCCUAUAGAGUUGUAGCCUCAGAGGAGUUAAGAGAAGAUGCUGUGGCGGCAGGGGUGCUGGACGUCCUGCCAUCAGAGAAACUGGAUGGGACAUGUGUAAUUGUGAAACAGUUCAGAGAGCAGCCCUGGUUAUGGGCACGUCAUGAUAAAAAGCCAACCAAAGCAACAGACAGAAGAUUCAAGAAAUUUCAAACAAUUCACAGAGCGUGGCAAGCAAGUGGGAAAGAUGGACCACAACCUUCAUUUAGUUGGAACUUACAAAAGGAUUUCAAGGAAGUUCCAGAAAACUGGGAAGCAGCAGAAGGUUUGGAAAAAGAAGGGGACCAUUACCUACCUGAUAGCAAUGGACACAUACCAGGCUGGGUGCCCGUAGAUCCAAGUCUUAAUGCCCAUGUUUGGCAUUUGAGUGUUCUUAAUCUGCAUAAAGGAUUAGCCUUGGUGCUGCAGCCUGCAAAAGAAGAAAAUGGUUUACUUGAAAUUACCAUAAGGGCAUUAUCAGAAUUACAGGGACAGUCACUAGAACUUAUUGGAACAAAUGUUAAUGGGAACCCAUAUGGAUUAGGGAGCAAAAAAGAUCCAUUCCACCUUCUAGUUGUGCAUGGGUCCAUUGUGUGCUCAGCACCCCCAGAGCUGAGUCACAAGGCUUUAAAAUCUUGGUUUGAGACACAGCCACCAGGGCGUGUGGAGGGCCUUGUCUGGCACUGUGCAGAUGGAAGCCUGUUCAAGCUUCACCGUCAUCAUGUUGACCUCCCUUGGCCAGUGCCAGAGCUACAAUUGGUGUCUCAUCCUGUUCUAGUUAAUGUUGAUUGUGUCAAGUAUGAGAUUCAUGAGGAUUUGUCUCUUAUUUGCAAAGUAGGAAAACUGUAUGGACAGACUUUCAGUAGUAUUGCUGAUGUAUUUAAAAUAACCAAAGAACUCAGUAAUGGAGUUGACAACACAGGGCAGGGAGAUUCCAGGUAGCAGUAGCAGUAAUAUGGAUGCAAAAAGUGUAAAUUCUGACAGCCAAUCACAAUAACUUCAAAAUUUAUAAUGAUAUAUUUAUCAUGUGGGUUUAGCUCUUAUUAAUCUGAUGCCAGAGUAGUGCAUUGAUGUUAAGAAAAUACUAAAUAAGAAAAGAAGAAUGAUGGAUUUGAUGAUUUUUAUAAGUAAUUAGUUCAGUGGUAAUGGCAUUUAUGUAAAUGCAGAAUUAUGAUUUAGAAAUAUUUACAUAUUACACUGUGCAAUUGUGACAUAUACAACUUUUACAAUAAGAUAAACCCUUGUUGGUUAUUCAAAGUUUUGACUGUAUCAGGUACACUUUUAAAAAGUUAACAGUUCACAUUUAAAUCCAUUAUAUGUGUAGUUGUGAUAGUUUCUUAUUGAAAAAGGUUACAAAAAACUUUGUAAGUCUCUUUUGCACUUAUUGGUUUCUUCAUGAAUUGGCUUGCCAAAGUAAGCUCACAACAGAUUACACAAUAGGGGG